AUGGGUGGGAGUUCCCCAUGCGCUUCCUGCAAACUUUUACGGAGGCGCUGCACCAAGGACUGCAUCUUUGCCCCCUUUUUCCCUUCAGAUGACCCUCACAGGUUUGCCAUCGUUCACAAGGUCUUUGGUGCGAGCAACAUUAGCAAGAUGCUGCAGGAGCUUCCGGUUCAUCAGAGAGAAGAUGCCGUGAGAAGCUUAGUCUAUGAGGCCGACGCAAGGAUGAGAGACCCGGUUUAUGGCUGUGUGGGGGCUAUAUCUUACCUUCAGAAUAAAGUGUCUGAGCUUCAGAUGCAGCUCGCUGUUGCCCAAGCUGAGAUCCUUUGCAUUCCAAUGCAGCAGGAGCCAUCGGCGACUGAUCAGCAGAUGGACCCUGAUGACGAGCCUUUUCUGAUGCAAAAUAAUCUUAAUGGCAUGCCUCAGUUGAUGAACUAUGGCUCCUCCAGCAAUGUAGCUCAGGAACCUCUCAAACGAGAAUCUCUUUGGACAUAGAUUUGUUUCUCUUCUAUAGCAAUGAAAUGUAAUUUGUUGUUGUUGUUGUUUUCUUACUUGGUCAUCCAUGGAGAGAGGUAGGGAGAGGGAGAGAGGGCCUUCUAUG